UGCCUUCCUGUCCGCGCUCGUCCCCGCGACCCAGGUCACCGGUGCCGGGUACCGCAAAAGCGAGCCCAGGCGUCUCGGUCCCCGGGGGCGCGCCCAGCCGGCCUCGGUUCUCCAGAACGCGCAGGGCCGCCCUGGGUCCCCGGGAGCCGCGGGAGCGCGCAGCUCGCGAUCGGGAGCGCGCCGCGGGCGGGCGGGCGGAGCGCGGCGAGGGCUGAGCUGUGCGUCUGGCUCACGUCGCGGUUCCCUGUCGCCGUCCCACGCGCGGACGCGUCCCGCGGUGGCCUGGAGGCCGCGGAUCGCCAUGGGCCGCGGGCCGGGGAGCACGGUGGCGCUGCUGCUCGGGCUGCUGGCGCAGUGCACAGAGGCCAAAAAACAUUGCUGGUAUUUUGAAGGACUCUAUCCAACGUAUUAUAUAUGCCGCUCCUAUGAGGACUGCUGUGGCUCCAGGUGCUGCGUGCGGGCCCUCUCCAUCCAGAGGCUGUGGUAUUUUUGGUUUCUCCUAAUGAUGGGUGUACUUUUCUGCUGUGGAGCUGGCUUCUUCAUCCGCAGGCGCCUGUACCCACCACCGCUGCUUGAGGAACCUGCGUUCAACGUGUCCUACACCCGACAGCCCCCCAACCCUGCACCAGGAGCCCAGCAACUGGGGCCGCCCUACUACACUGACCCGGGAGGACCAGGCGUGAAUCCUGUUGGGAACAUGGCAGUGGCUUUCCAGGUGCAGCCUAACUCUCCCCAGGGCUGCGUGGCUUACCCGCCCCCUCCUUCCUACUGCAGCACACCGCCGCCCCCCUACGAGCAGGUGGUCAAGGACAAGUAGGCCACUGCACAGCCAGGGUGGCCCACAGCGGACUCCUCUCCUCUCCUCAGAGCAAGCACAGCUCCUUCUCGCAUUCCUGUGGAGGACGUGUCUGAACCACAUUGUGUCUCCUCUGUUGCUUCCGUUUCCAACAUGGUCUGAGCUCUCCAGCAGCAUAGUGACUGUCCCUGAGGGUGGCAGAGAGACUGAGAGGAUGGGAGGAUGGAGAGCCAGGCGAGGCAAGCCGAGGCUGCUGCAGCUGGGAUCAACCAUCAUGCCUAGGGACGGCACCUCAACGCUUUUCUGUGCCCAUCCACGUCCUGUAGCCAGGCCUCCUCUGCAUAGACCAGGGACCCUAGCUUCCAUGGCAAGGAGGCUGGGUGGGCCAAGUCAGCGUCUCUGUCUCUUAUGACCUGAAGGCCACAAGGAAGCCCUCCGUGCCAGACCUGGACUGUGUCCGGGGGCUCUUGAUCUGGCACAGAGAAGCACAUUGCCCUCUCAGUGCAUCUAUGAUGGUGCCUGUGCCCUGUCCUGUGCCCCUGGGAUCUCAGCCCAUGGCUCCUAACACCCUGUCCCCAGGCUGCAGAAGUGGGGGACUGGAUGGCCAUGGGUUGCCCACAGGAAGUCAUGUUGGCCUGAGGAGAGGGGCCAAGGCAUAGCCAAUGGUGGGAGUCUGUGCAGAUCGUGCCUGUGCCCUGGGCAGCUGUGUGGAGAGGGUGGGGGGCUUGCUGAGAAGACAGGGCAUGGGUGCAGGUGUGGUGGCUCUGGCCAUGUCAUUAAAACUAUCAGGAAGAUGUGGUAAGACACACAGACCCCCACAGAAAACACUCCUCACCCCUGGACCCCGCAGUAGUAGCAGGAAUUGCCGACAGGCCAGAGGUUGUCCCCAGUGUAGUUAGUCGUGUGGGUGUGAAGGUAGAGCAGACCGAGCUGGGACCAGGCCAUGUGUGAUGUGAACAGCAUGGCAAAGACACCUUCGCAGAGCGCUCUGUGUGGUGCUGGGAGCGUGACGGGGGUGAUUGCUGUUCAGAUGGAACUCCUGGGAGUCUCCUUGGAAACUGUCACUUGGUAGCCAGAGGCUCCUGGUUAAAGAGAGAGUUCCAUCACCUUAGGUGAGAGGCCACUGUCGUUUUUUGCCAAGGGUAGCACUGAACAGUGUGGACUUGGCGACAGGAACCAUGGGCAGCCCCAGGGAAUAGCCUGGUGGAGCUGAUGCUGCCAUCUGGGCCCCAGUGCCCGCCAUGUUGAGCUGACCUCUGUCCCCUGCCUGUCCUUGAUUCUAUUGGAUAAAACCACAAAGCACAACAUCUGGUGUUUACAACCACAGUCCCAUCAGCUCCUUCCUCCAGGGCAUUUGUUUUGCAUUUUUAAUGUCAGUUUCUCCCUUUACUUUUUUAAAUAAAGAAGCACAGUGAGAGCUGCCCCUGGUGGUGGACCAGUCACAGCUGAAGCAGGCACCAAAGGCCAGCUGAGCUUUGUUCAACUUCUCUAAAAGACUGAGCCCCAGGGAGGGUGCACAUGUUUUAUACUCUGUGUGGGAAGCGUUGUCCCCAUGGUGCUGGCCCAAGUCCUGUGCCUGUGGUGUCUCCUUUGUGUGUGUAGCCGCCCUGCAAGGCCGGCAGAUCGGAGAGGCUCAGACAGAUCUGUGCAUGCUCUUCCUGGGUCACACGUGGGUCGUGUUGCAGUUUUUGUCCUCUUUUGAUAGAGUCCUGUUUCCUAUGUAUGCAGAAUAAAGACAAUUUGAUCACA